AUGUCAUCAUGGAUGCGUAUCAACCAGAACUUCAUCAGAAUUACUGCAAGCGAGAUGAGCGGCUCCCAAACAUCCCGUCGAGCGCAUAUCCGUGAUUGUGAUGCUGGUGACCCAAAGGUUGCUCCCCCAAGCCCUUCGUCGUCUCCAAGCAUUUCCAUAUCUCAAGAUGAAUUCAAGUCUCCAGAAGGUGUCACAGCGAAUGGUAUCUCUCCUGCAAAUCUGUCGACGUCGAACGACGGACCUUCUGGCGGCCUAUUCUGGGCUGGUGCCGACAUUGGUACCCUGAUGCGCGCAGAAGCAAUCACCGGAAGGAAGUACUAUGAUUACGAUGGCGUCACUGAGAAGGAUCCUGUCAAGACUCUUGGAGAUGCUGGUGUCAACGCAGUACGGGUGGAAGGCGAGCGUGGCCAAUGUCUAGGACCAACCACAUUCACUAACAACACAAGCACACGCGGCGAGGAGCUUACUUUCAGUUACUCCUUCGGCUGUGCCGAUAUCCAAGUCAAAACAGCCCAGCGAGGAAUCGCUGAGGGUAUGCGGGUCGUACUCACAAUCAACCAAGGCAUAAAAAUUCCCAAGGAAUUGGAGUCCCUAAGCUACUCCGAAAUGGUCACCAACGUCCGAAAUGAGACGAAAAGCCAGCUUCAACCCUUUCUUGAUGCAAAAAUCGUCCCUGACAUCAUCCUUCUUGAAAAUGAAGGAACAGAUGGCUUCCUCUAUACAGAAGAAUCCACAGGCCACGUUCGCGACGGCAAGGACUCCGAUAAAGAACUUUGUGGACAGCUUCCUACUGGCAAAAUGAAUUCCUACCCACAGUACACCGGCUACCUGAAAGCCGAGAUCCUCGCUGCAAACGAAGCCAUCGCCUCCGCCGGCCUCUCAAACGCAAGCGUCCGCUACGGCCUGCACUCACACGGACAAUACGUGCAAUGGAAAGAGGGCGUCGUGCACGGCGACAAGCCGCCCAGCCAGACCAAGCUGAGCGACAAAUCCGAUAGUCCAUGCGCUGAGCAAGUCAUUCCCCAGGACCUUCUCGAUCUCGACAUAGCAACUAUGCUCAACAUCGCCGGUUUCUCCGCCUACCCUGACCCCAUGACUCCCACAGACAUCAACAACCCCAGCUCCUUGAACGCUACCCUGACGCGUCUGACAGAAACCCUCACCCAACUCCAAGACUAUGCCGAGAAAUAUGGGAAAUUCGCUUCCGGCCCGUUCGCAGGGCAGUACAAGCUGCAAUCCCUGGGUGUCGAAUACGCCACUUCGUUCACCGCCGACCAGAUUCCGCAGGAGGUAGCGUUGACCGAGAUGAUGUGGAAGCGCGUCAAAGGGUUUAGUAGCUGCCUCGGCAUGAUGUGGUGGGAGCCGUGGUAUUGUUAUAAUGAUUGGGAGGGCGGGAAGGCGACAUUGUGUAAGACUAAGGAGGACAAUGGGGAGGUGCCGACGGAUACGAUGAAGGCUUGGGGGAAGGCGGCUUCUAGUCCGUGGAAGGCCGAGAUGGGGAAGGCGAGCAACGGAACGGUGAGUACAGCGUGA